CCGCCCCCGCCAUGGGCCUGGAGCUCUACCUGGACCUGCUGUCCCAGCCCUGCCGCGCCGUCUACAUCUUCGCCAAGAAGAACCGCAUCCCCUUCGAGCUGCGCACCGUGGACCUGCGCAAAGGCCAGCACCUCAGCGAUGACUUUGCCCAGGUGAACCCCCUGCAGAAGGUGCCAGUCUUGAAGGACGGGGACUUCAUCUUGACCGAGAGCGUGGCCAUCCUGCUCUACCUGGCCCGCAAGUAUAAGGUCCCCGACCACUGGUACCCUCAGGACCCGCAGGCCUGUGCCCGUGUGGACGAGUACCUGGCCUGGCAGCACACAGCCCUGCGGAGAAACUGCCUCCGAGCCCUGUGGCAUAAGGUGAUGCUCCCUGUUUUCCUGGGUGAGCUGGUCUCUCCUGAGACGCUGGCGGCCACACUGGCAGAGUUGGAUAUGGCCCUGCAGGUGCUUGAGGGCAAGUUCCUCCAGGACAAAGCCUUUCUCACCGGGCCCCACAUCUCUCUGGCUGACCUGGUAGCCAUCACGGAGCUGAUGCAUCCCGUGGGUGCCGGCUGCCAAGUCUUCAAAGGCCGACCCAAGCUGGCCGCGUGGCGCCAGUGCGUGGAGGCAGCGGUGGGGGAGGCCCUCUUCCAGGAGGCCCAUGAGGUCAUCCUGAAGGCCAAGGACUCUCAGCCUGCAGACCCCACCUUGAAGCAGAAGAUGCUGCCCAAAGUGCUGGCCAUGAUCCAGUGA